AAAUAAGGCCAAUCACUGUGGGGUUCUUGAUUUCGAUUUUCAAGGCGAAAAGAUCUGCCUCGUAUUCAAUGACACUUCUAACGUCGUUCGUGACUUCAAACCUCAAAGAUUCAGGAAUUGCCGUCGUGCAGCUCGCGGAUCGUAGAAUUCGGAAUGGCGACCGAAACUCGGGUGCAAACACCUGCUUACACUAAACUAGAACUCCGCACAGCAUAUGGCCCAGUCUACCGCGAGGUAUCGACGAAUCCUCCGCGAGAAGCUCGAGCGGAUGAAAUCCCAGUAAUCGACAUCAGUGGCAUUUAUGGCGAUCUGGAGGCUCGUAAAGAGCUUGCCUCACGGGUGAAACAUGCGGCUGAGAGUACAGGAUUUUUCUACAUUAAGGGCCACGGCAUUCCAGAGUCAGCCAUCCAAGGAGCCAGAAAGGCGUCGAGAGACUUCUUCAAGCAGUCUGAGGAGAAGAAGCUGCUGGUGAGCAAGGAUAAAGGGAAGUGGUAUAAUGGAUAUACUGGAAAUCAGACGGCAAUGGCCAGUCCGACCGAAGGAUUGGAUUACCGGGAAUCCUUUGCCUGGCGAUAUGAGCCUCAAUACGACCCUGACCCCAAAGAUCCUUCCGCCGUGCCAGCAGAGGUCAAGCCUUGGAUCCGCGGUGAGAACUACGUCUGGGAGGGCACCGAUCAUAUCCCAGGGUUCAAAGAAGGCUGCAUCACGUACUGGCAAGAAUGUCUGAAGCUCGCAAGGAGACUGGUGAGGAUCUUCGCCUUGUGCCUGGAUCUGCCUGAGGAUUAUUUUGAUUCGGUCACGACAUAUCCGGGAAGCGAUGGCGUCUUCAACUAUUACCCCGCCAUGUCUGAGGAGGAGGCUAAGGCUAGUCGAGAUAUUGGAUUAGGCUCACAUACUGAUCUGCAGUGUUUCACGCUGUUAUGGCAGGAUAUGAUCGGAGGGCUACAGGUAUUGAACAACGGUGGACAGUGGAUCAAGGCCAGCCCCAUUGAGGGCACUUUUGUCGUCAAUAUUGGGGAUUACUUGAUGCGUUUGACGAAUGAUCGGAUGAAGUCGACUGUUCACCGUGUCUAUAACCGAUCCACUGUGGACAGAUACUCGAUGCCUUUCUUUUUCGGCUUCAACUUCAACGAGACUUGUGGUGUUCUUCCGUCUUGCGUCGACAAUGAUCACCCGGCUAAAUACGAACCUAUAUCUUGUGGCGAUUGGACACAGUUGAGGUUCGAACAAACUGAUGUGCAGCCCAAAGUGGCAGUGCAAUGACACGAACGAGGAUGCGAGUCCGCUGAGACCGGCUCCCU